GUGGUUAUAUAAUAAUUCUUCCUCAAAUAGGGAGAGCGCGCGCUUUUCACUUUUAAAGAUACCGUUUCAUAUCUCUUCCCGGUUCGCAGGAUGCCUCUAAAAAAGUUACCCUCCAUCUCUCAUACUCUGAGAAAGCCUUGCCAUUUCUUAAUCAUACUCUUUUCCCACUGAAUCUGAUCGACUGGUCGCUCAGAAACCAUCAAAUUAUCCUUCAAAAUCUAAAAAAUUCUCACUUUUUUCCAUCUGGGUAGUUUACUUUCUUGUCAAUCAAUGCAGUUCCCAUUAAUCCGAUGCCGAACGUACAGUUCAAGUGUACCCACUUCCGCCAAUUCCCAGAUUGCUUGGUUCUCCCGCCUUGGCCAAAUCGAGAACGCCCGAAAGGUGUUCGACCAAAUGCCCCAAAAGAAUAUUGUUUCCUGGAACUCUAUAAUUGCUGGGUACUUCCAAAACAACCAACCCGCUGAAGCCCGGUGCCUGUUUGAUCGAAUGCCCGAGCGGAACACUGUUUCUUGGAACGGGUUGAUUUCUGGGUACGUGAAGAAUAGGAUGGUAAAGGAAGCUCGAAAAGUGUUUGACACGAUGCCGGAGAGGAAUGUUGUUUCUUGGACUGCCAUGGUGAGAGGGUAUGUGGAGGAGGGGUGUAUCUCGGUGGCGGAAUCUCUUUUUUGGCAGAUGCCGCAGAGGAAUGUCGUGUCGUGGACGGUGAUGUUGGGUGGGCUGAUUCGUGACCGUAGGAUUGAUGAGGCUCGCCGCCUUUUUGAUAUGAUGCCGGUGAAGGAUGUAGUUGCGAGGACGAAUCUGAUGGCUGGGUAUUGCCAGGAAGGUCGUAUGGAUGAGGCCCGCGAGCUUUUUGAUGAGAUGCCAAGCCGCAAUGUGGUUUCUUGGACUACUAUGGUUUCUGGUUAUGUGCAGAACCAACGGGUAGACAUUGCUAGGAAGCUUUUUGAGGUGAUGCCAGAGAAGAAUGAGGUGACAUGGACAGCAAUGCUUAUGGGUUACACUCAAUGUGGACGGAUUGUAGAGGCCGCAGAGCUUUUUGAUGCUAUGCCCAUUAAGUCAGUCAUUGCUUGCAAUGCAAUGAUUCUAGGAUUUGGCCAGAAUGGGGAGGUUUUUAAUGCAAGGAAAGUAUUUGAGCAAAUGAGGGAGAAGGACGAUGGCACAUGGAGUGCUAUGAUAAAGGUCUAUGAACGUAAAGGGUGUGAAUUGGAGGCACUUGAUUUGUUUACUUUGAUGCAGAGACAAGGAAUUCGAGCUAAUUUCCCUUCUCUGAUAAGUAUUCUCUCUGUUUGUGCUAGCCUGGCAAGUCUUGAUCAUGGUAGACAGGUGCAUGCCCAGAUGUUGAGAUCUCAGUUUGAUUCUGAUGUAUAUGUUUCCUCAGCUUUGAUCACCAUGUAUAUCAAAUGUGGUGAUCUUGUCAAGGCAAAAUGGGUGUUUGAUAGGUUUUCUCCCAAGGAUAUUGUAAUGUGGAAUUCUAUUAUUACAGGUUAUGCACAACAUGGACUAGGAGAGGAAGCUUUACAAGUAUUCUAUGAAAUGUGCUCCUUAGGCAUUGCAACUGAUGAUAUAACUUUCGUUGGAGUUCUCUCAGCUUGUAGCUACACAGGAAAGGUUAAAGAAGGGCUUGAAAUUUUUGAGUCCAUGAAAACCAAGUAUUUAGUGGACUCAAGUAUGGAACAUUAUGCUUGUAUGGUUGAUCUGCUAGGUCGAGCUGGUCGUUUAAAAGAGGCAAUGGAUUUAAUUGAAAAAAUGCCAGUUGAACCAGAUGCUAUUAUUUGGGGUUCCGUAAUGGGUGCAUGUAAGAUGCACAUGAACUUGGAUUUAGCUGAAGUUGCAGCAAAGAAACUUUUACAACUUGAGCCCAGAAAUGCCGGGCCAUAUAUCUUGCUUUCAAACAUAUAUGCGUCAAGAGGUAGAUGGGCUGAUGUUGCAGAGCUGAGGAAAGACAUGAGAUCAAGGAAGGUGAGCAAGUCACCUGGUUGUAGCUGGAUUGAGGUGGAGAAGAAAGUCCAUAUGUUUACUGGAGGAGAAAUCAUGCCUCACCCUGAGAAUCCAAUGAUCUUGAGGAUGUUGGAAAAACUAGGUGGGUUGUUAAGAGAAGCUGGGUAUUCUCCUGAUGGUAGCUUUGUGUUUCAUGACGUAGACGAAGAAGAGAAGGUGCGAAGCUUGGGACAUCAUAGUGAGAAACUCGCUGUCGCAUAUGGACUUUUGAAGGUUCCUGCACCAAUGCCUAUUCGUGUAAUGAAGAACCUCCGAGUCUGUGGGGAUUGUCAUUCUGCAAUCAAAUUGAUAGCAAAGAUAACAGGGCGAGAGAUCAUAUUGAGGGAUGCCAAUAGAUUCCACCAUUUUAAGGAUGGAGUGUGUUCUUGCAAAGAUUACUGGUGACGUGAUUCCACUGAAGCUGGUGUUGACUCUAAUGUCAGUUUGUUGGCGGCGUAGUAGUGACACCAGAUUUGACGCAUGGUGAAUCUUUUUUCUUUCCAAGAGGCUAAUGAUCAUUUAUCUGCUCCAAACUGUUCUUUACCUACGAGGAUAGUGUGGCAAAUUGAGUUUGAACUCUUCUUUUGCAUUUGCAACCAUGGUUUUUUGAUGUUUAAAAGGAUGGGUUGCCCUUGCAAAUUGAAAACAAAGAUGUUGGAUGGAUAUAGUUUAGACAGCAAGUUGAUUAUGUUACUGCCAUUCAGUCAAUGGUGUAUGUGGUAUGGUACAAAGUUUCACGUCCUCACAAGAGCAAAAAUUUUCAGGUAAUUGAAAACCUGUGGGCCGUGGGUGCUUACUUGGAGCGAGAAACUUUCGCAUUCUCCAGAUUGCAGUUGCUGCUGCUACGGAACAAUGCGAAAGUCUAAGGGAGGCAGAUCAUUUUGAGGUAGGUGGAGAGUUUUUUCACCAUUAAGGAUGGGUGUGGCCAGUAUUGAUGAUAGCAUGGUGAAAAAACUCUCCACCUUCCUCAAAAUGAUAUUAAGGAUGGGUGUGGCCGGUAUUGAUGAUAGCAUGGAUCUUUGAUACAAGGACAUUGAUGCGUAGGGCUAACAAUCAUGCUCUCCAGCCUUAAACGGGUAAUUGUUGUUGCUCUUAAGUUGACAUGAUCAGAUGAUUAUUAUCAUCAUCUGUUCUGAACGUAUCUUCUGUUGAACAAGAUCUGCAGUGAAAUGGGGGUGGGAUAUGGACAGAUAAUCGCACUCUCUACUGUGAAAAUAUUUUGGGAAGGAAAGCUAUGGAAUCAUUGAGACUUGCAUAUAUUGUACGUGUGACAGACUUGAACCCUGUACGAUCGAUGAGUAACAUAAAGUUGGAGACCUUGUAACUCAUGUAUGAUUGCAGGACGAAUGCACAGCCCAUGAAAACCAUUUAUCUGCAGCGCACUACGAUAGCACUCGGAAAAUUGUCAGAGGUUUUGCUUUGGCAUGAAUAUUUUCUUUGUAGUUCUCUAACCAAGUGAUCAUUUUCUCCAAUAUCAAUAAUCAACUAGAUGCAUGCUCUUUGGAUAUAAAUUGUCGUUGUUAGCGACUUAGGGCUGAGCUUUGUGACCAGUUUAUUUUCAUUUUCUUGCAAUUGAAUUUCUGGUGAUUCUUUUCUCUUUGUAUAUAGCUGCAAGCCUGUGCCUAACUUUUACUAGGAUAUUAGAAGUAAUUUGUUAUAUUUGCUUGCAAUUAAGAGAGUGCACUUAUUUUGUGAUGCAGUGUGAACCUCUCAGUAACUCUCAACUUUCUCUCUUCCCAUUUUUCUAUUUCCUCAUUUGUCAUUGUAAUCCUGUUACUAAACCAGAUAUGGCAACAUAAGAACUCACACACACACACACACAUACUAUCUCUCUCUCUCUUUCUCUCUCUCUCUCUCAUUACAAAGAAAGUUUGAGAUUUAAGCCAUCACUGCCACUUCCUUCCCGUUUAUCUUCUUGUUUAGCUUCAUCUUCUCUCUUGGAAGAACCAGGUAAUAAGUUUGGCUGAGUAGUAGUACCUUUAGACUGGCGAUCAUGAUUAGCACCCUCCAUGAAAUCCUCCGGUUGGAACGACGGCUUCUCUCCCUCACCUCUCUUCCCUUUUUCCUCGUGCGAUUUGUUCACCCCUCCCAUCAUCUGUUCGCGCAUUUCUCGCGUAUCUCUUAACAAAGCAAAGAACUUCUCCAUCUUCUCUUCCUCAUCUUCUUCCUCUUUCUCCAUUUUCCUCUUCUUACUUUUUCCAUCCAUUAUAUUUAUUUGUAUAGUAUAAAUAUGAGUGUAAUGUGAUU